CGAGUCUCACGUGUCUCCAAUGUCGAAUGGUGGCGCGGAGGCAGAACUGACAGUUCAUAGCACGUUUAGGGUUAGUUAGUUCGUUUUAUUUUACCUUUCCGUUGUAUAGAUAAUUGAAAUCCCGUCACGUUUGUGUUGCGUUUUUUAUGUUCACGUUUCUACGUUUUCCUAAGUGUGGUAAAGCAGAUCAAGACAUGAUGCACCUGUUCCACCGGCUGUCAUCACUGUCCAGGCGAUCUGAAUCGAAUGCGGUCUAGUGGUCCAUCAGCAGGACGAUGUAAUGACGGAGGCAGUAAGGACCCCGAAACGUCGGUAAACUUCUACUAGACAACACGGCGCUACAACUUUGAAGACAGCCGUCUUUAUGGGCCUGUUUUUACAAACGUAUCCUGGAACAACACGUGGACCACCCGGGAAACUUCGAUGACCUUGAUGGUAUAUAGCCGUGACGUGUUGGCCAGAACGUGACUUUUAUGGAAACAGGAAGAAUGGCUCAUAACUACGUUCCUCCGAAACGUUGGUGUCUACCUACAACUGCUCACGACGCUAAAACCCAGAAGACCAACCAUCUUCGCCACCGUUAUAACAUCAAAUCUGAGACCGUACGAAUGUUGCAACCCGCAUAUGAAAUCAAGUGCAUAAACGUUGUGGACCCUGAGAAACUAAUAAUGAGUAAGCUGUACGUAGGAAAUUUACCAGCGGACGUGAACGAAGGCACGUUAAGACAACUUUUCCAAGAUCAUAGUUUAUCGUGUACCACGAUACUUGUAAAGCAUGGUGGAUAUGCAUUCGUAGAUUGCACGGACCAAUCUACAGCCGAUAGAGCGAUUGACAAACUAAAUGGUUUCAACUUCCUGGGAUCAUCCUUGGUUGUGGAGCCAUCGGUGGCCGGCGGAGCCAAGAAAAGACGGUCUGGGGGCGCCCUCCCGGACUCUCCAUUGGAGCAUGUCGGCAAUGGUUGGAGUGUGGGUGGUAAAAUACUGUUGAGCAACCUCCCAUUGCAUGUGAGGUUUGAGGACUUGGAGCCGUUGCUGACUCCAUUUGGUUCCGUCCAAAACUGUGAGAAGCUGAACUCACGAGAUGGCUCCACACAAACUGUGCAAGUCAGCUAUGAAACUCAGGAGCAAGCACAACAGGCUGUGAAUGAGCUGAAUGGUUAUGUAUACGAGGGCAGUUCUCUGAAGGUGGAAUUUUCAAUGGAUCGUCGAAUCAGGGGUCGUGGGGGCUCAAGAGGAGGUGCUGGUGCUGGUUUUGCUGGCCUGCCAGGCUCAGGCCGCCAAACUGAUUUUCCACUCCGCAUUCUGGUGCAGAGUGACAUGGUGGGAGCGAUCAUUGGUCGUCAGGGUAGCACUAUUCGGCAAAUUACUCAGCAGACAAGAGCGAGAGUGGAUGUGCACCGGAAAGAUAAUGUGGGGUCCUUGGAAAAGGCCAUUACCAUCUUCGGCAACCCAGACAACUGCACCAAUGCUUGUCGGAGAAUCUUGGAGGUGAUGCAGCAGGAAGCCAAUAACACCAACAAAGGAGAAAUAUCACUCAAGAUUCUUGCUCAUAACAACUUGAUUGGUCGAAUUAUUGGCAAAGGUGGCAAUACAAUCAAACGUAUCAUGCAGGACACUGACACCAAAAUAACUGUUUCCAGCAUCAAUGACAUCAACAGCUUUAAUCUGGAGAGGAUAAUUACAGUGAAAGGCUCUAUAGAAAACAUGUCGAAGGCAGAAGGAAUGAUCAGUGCCAAGUUGCGGCAGAGCUACGAGAAUGACCUGCAGGCCAUGGCUCCUCAAAGUAUGAUGUUCCCUGGGCUCCAUCCAAUGGCAAUGAUGUCUACCUCAAAUAUGGGCUACACAUCUCGAGGUUCUGCCAGUUUCCCAGGUGGAAUGUAUGGAGCAGGCCCGGCCCCAUACCCUUCCAUGUACCAGUCAUCCAUCCCUGCUGCCCAGUCCAGUGGUCCUCAAGGAGGAGGAGGAGGAGGAAGUGGAGGAGGAGACACUCAGGAGACCACAUUUCUGUACAUCCCAAAUAAUGCCGUUGGUGCCAUCAUAGGGACAAAAGGCACACACAUCCGCAACAUCAUUCGCUUCUCAGGAGCGUCAGUGAAGAUAGCACCUCUAGAGCAGGACAAACCUCAGGACCAGCAGACAGAGAGAAAGGUGACCAUUAUAGGUUCACCAGAAUCGCAGUGGAAGGCUCAGUACCUCAUCUUUGAGAAGAUGCGAGAAGAGGGAUUUGUUGCUGGGGCAGAUGAUGUGCGCCUAACAGUGGAAAUCCUGGUGCCAUCAAGUCAGGUUGGGCGCAUCAUUGGCAAGGGUGGACAAAAUGUACGUGAGCUUCAAAGAGUUACGGGUUCAAUCAUAAAACUGCCAGAACAGGGUGCCUCUCCCCCUUCCCAAGAUGAGGAAACUACUGUUCAUAUCAUUGGUCCCUUCUUCUCAGUCCAGUCGGCUCAGCGUCGCAUCCGAGCCAUGGUUCUUCAAGCCCAGCCUGUACCUGCAGGAGCACGGGGUGGUCAGAGAGGGGCACCUCCGCGCAGGGAACCACCACAGCAAUAGGAGAGAAGAACUGAGUGAAGGAAGAGAGGUGGUGGUAACCACACAUAGAGUUUGAAACAACGUAUAUACCUCAAUACAUUCAGAAAAAAAGCACAUAACAAACUACACCCCACAUUUAUACCAAAGAUGUGAUGAUGAAGAACGAAGAAACAAUUUUUAAAAGAUACCAAUGGGAAAUGAAAAAUAACAUCUUGAGUUCCUGAUAAUAUUUUGUGUGAAACUUUUUUCGCAUAAUUCGUCCGUUAAGUACAUCACUGAUUGCUUUUGAACUGGCAGUUACGGAUGCGUUUUAACGGGCGGAUAUUCUGAUAAAUUUUUGUGUACAAGUGUAGGCAAGAGGAACAAAGUGGAGUUCUGGUUUCGUUUUCAAUUUGAUGCAAUGGAAGCAUGGCAGGGUUUGGAAGCGGCCAGCUGUUUCUCCAUUUCCCUGUCUUAAUCAUUACUUAAAUUGAUUCAGGGACUUCUUAUCACACAUGGAUGUAAUGUUCAUUUUUAGAGAGAGAGAGAGAGAAAGGGAUACAAAGUGAUUAAGAGAAAAUGAGAAGGAAGUGAGCAUAAUGAGAAUUUUUUUAAAGAAACAAAAUGAACAGUUACAUUGCGAGGUUUUGGGUAAGUGACUGCGUGGCUGGUUGCACAUGCGACACUUUUGCCUUCUUAACUCCUUCCCUGUCUUAAUUCCAUGAUGGCAUUAAUCUAACCGCCUCCCUAAUUUUUAAGGGAGGAUAGAGUUGUUUAUGAAUGUUUUUGUCUCUUGGGGAGUCGGAAAUCCCCCGGAGAAGAAAAGGGAUAAUUGUGUAUUCGUCGUUGUAUCGUCUUACUGUAUGUAAAAGGAAAGGUCCACCGAACUUUCAUUCAGUCAAAAAUGUUGUAUUUAAAAAUACUAUGAAGAGGAAGGGUAAUAUGUCGAUUUUUUAAAAAUAAUGUGAUUCAAUAUAAACGGUGUUUUGAGACCUCGAUUUUAAGGAGGUUUCUUAAUGGAGGUGAAUGAUAAAAAUAGGCAAUUUCAGGGUAGUUCCGAAAUUACCAUCUGUGUCGGUCACCCUGUUGUUUAGUUAGUACAAAAAUUAAAUUAAAAAUAUAAAAGAGGGCCACUAUUGUUGCAAAUAUAUUGUGGUUCUUUUUUUGCCUUUAUAAACAAAGUUAUUACACAAAGUUUAUUUUUGAUACAUUGUUGGGAGAAAUUUUUUUUUGUUAGAUUUUUUAAUAUAAAAUUAAAAUGACAUGUAGCUGUUUGGCUAUGUGUUGCAGAAAAAUGGAGAAGAAAACGUUAGCCGAGUGAGUGAAAGAAAAAAUGGCUGCACAUUAUUUACAUUUAAAGAAUAACCAGUAACAGGCAAUGUCCAUAUAUGAUGGCAGGCAUGAAUGUGAACAUGAACAGUAUCUGAACCAGCAAUCGUUAUCAUAUACUUUUUACCAUCUCAAAGUAAACCCAAUGUGCAAGCAGAAAACCCGCUGAGCCUCAACGUUUUUCAAUUCAUUCAAAUUAAAACUGCCUCAUGGUUUUUUUAAGUUUCUAAAUUGUAAAACAUUGAUUUGGAGUAUGCUCAGAUGUCACAAAAGCUGUUUUUCACAUUUUGAUUCUCAAAAAGCAGUUUAGGAAAAGAGCGUGAACUUGUAAUGGGAAUUUAUUUCUUGCAGUCCUGUUUGGAUUUCUCGAUUUAAUGAAUCAUUUCAGAGGUUCACAUGGAUUUGGAAAUAUUGAAAACAUAACAAAACACCAUAAACCAAAACCCUCCAAGAUAAAAACAAACAUAGCUGAUCUAAAUAAUAAAAAAAAUUAUUGUACAAAUGCAAGAUUGAAAAUGGAACUGUUACCGACUGACACUGUAAACUUAGGUGGAUUCUGACAUAUUACUGCAGUAAACAAAAGUACUACAGGGGAGACCUUACAAAAACAUUGAACUAAGCAUAAUAGAGGUACGAUAAAUGGGACUACACACAACUGUGUAAUCAUUCAGAAAUUUUUUGUUAGGAGGUGAAAUUAAACUAUCCUAUAAAACGUCAAGCACACUUGCAACAAAAAAUAAAUAAAAAUAUAAGCAUAGCAUUUGGUUUGAAAGUUUCUUGCUGAGCAGAAGCGAUGUGGAUUCUUGUUGCGUGUAACAAUGCCUGAAAUACUAAGCAGUCGAUUGUUGAAAUGUGUUCAGGCCAUAUGAAGCCCCUCGUUGCCGCUCCAUUUAGUGUGUUGGGUUUAUGUCAUUAGGCAGUUUGGGUGUUGAGUUGUGCCCUUAUUGCUCCUAGAGGCGAGGCUGUGUUGUUAUGGAACACCAAGCACCUGAACAUUGCCUAGUGAGCUGGCCUGCCUCGCGUUUGUCAUUCCAGCAUGGUUACAGUCUGUUCAGUAUAUUGGCUUUCAAACCAACUUCGUAUUAUUAAAUGAAAGAAGCGAACAAAAAUAUUGAUUGAAACUUAAAAGACUGGGAAUUAAGUUUUUCCAAUGCAGUGAAAAAUAUAUAAGUAGUUGUUUUCCCAAAUCAGUCUUAUAUUAUUGAAUUUAUAAAUAUUGAGUGAUGCUCAAAUCAUACAUUUCAAUUCUACCAUAGGAAUUGGAAAGGUUUGUUAUGAACCAGUUUCUGAUUUCUAACAGCGUUGAGCUGUAUUUGAUGAUCCAAAUCAUUUGGAUGACACUCAACAGGGAUACUUAGAGGAAAAUAUAACAAAUGCAUACAGAACUGGGUAUUGUACUGAGGAAACAUUGUUCUUUUGAAGACACUAGGAUGUAAGAAUUUCAAGAAAAUUUACCAGUUGAUUUGACAGUACUGUGUUCCAUAACUGGAAGGAUGGAUCCAUGUUACAUCAGUUCCUCUUCUGACUGCUUGAGAAAUAGUUUUGCAGUUUUUCUUUGACACAACAUCCUUCUCUUAUAUUGUUAAUUUGUUGACCAUCGGAUAAUGUUGUUAACACAUAAUCUCAUUGCAUUACAAAAAGCACACUGCUUCUUUACCGAGUGUUCAAAUUUGAUUUUCCCAAACAGGGCUGAAUACAGGCAUCUCUCUCUCCAAACAUUCCACAUAACAGAAUGAUCCGCAAAGAACAGAAUGUCUACAGUUUUGAAUAGGUUUAAUGAUAUAAAUGGAUAAAUAUAUAUAUAUUAUUAUAUAAAUAUUACAAUAUGGAUGUUAGUGUUUAUAAUAUGUACAGACAUGUUUUUUCUCUGUUACUUAUUUGCUAAACUCAGGUUUUGCUUUAAAUAAUAAUAAUAACAAUUACCUCAUGAGUUUUCCGGAAUGGAAACUCACACAACACAGCUACUUCCCCACCUCUGUGGAUCAACUAAUGCUUUGGAGAAGUGAUUACUGUUGUAUCAGCCUGGACUGAAUGUGGGUAUUCUCCAAGUCACUUCCUAAUAGAAAAAGGAAUGUUUUUGUUAACUUUUCUAAAGCUUGUUUUGAGUGGCUUCUAAUUAUAUUUUUGCAUUAGUUUUUCAAUUGCUGACAACUUCCCCUUUUUUAUGCUUGAGGCAGGAUUUUUAUUGUUGAUUUACAGUCUUCGUUCUAGAAGAAGCAGAGUGCUUUUUAUCAUCGAGUAUCAAUUAUGACGAAGAUUAAAUUUAUUUUUUCAUUAGCAGUACUAUCAGUACUGCUGCAUGUUUUAUCCUUAAGAGAUAUCUUAGUGGCAGGUUGGUUAGGUGCCUUGGCUUUCCAACUGCCACAGAUUUCUGGGUGUGGUUUUGGCCCCCAAUUUAAUUUGACUCCCAUUUUGAAUAUUUUGUAUGCAUGCAAAACUAAGAAUCCUUUUGUCUCAUGCCAGAACCAUUCACUACCUCAAAAAAAAUAGACUUUGUUGUUCAAGCAUUUGAGAUAUGAAAACAGCCGUGUGCCACGAGGACAGCUAAGCAGUGCCUCACAGAACAGGAAGGAAUUUCUGUACCCUGGUUCACUUCGGUGUGAACGUGAUGAAACGGGCCGGUGGAGAUUUGAAAGUAACAAUAAAGCCAAUGAACCACCAUAUUGGCACUGAAAGUCUACCCCAGACCACUCCACAUGUUGAUCGACUGGUUUAUUUUCCUCAUUUGUGUUAUUUUUUUUAUUUUAUUGAAAUAUUUUCUGAGCUCAGUUAUGUUUUCAAUACGACUUUGUUCCCAUUAUAAUUUUGUCUGUUUCAUUCAGUAGAAGGGUUUAUAGUUUUCAUAAUCACCAAUACUUACCUGUAUGUCAUUAAUAUCUUUCUUAUCUAUUUUACAGCAUUGCGUAUGCAAUGUCAGCCAAGAACUUUCCUUGUCUGUGUUAUAUACAUGCAUUUCAAAAUUUCUGACCAUUAGAAUAACUGUGUUGAAUUUAAUUUGUUGGGGUGGUAAUAUUGAAAAAUUUCAUAGAUGAAUAUGGUAUUAUGAAUAUUUUUUGUUGUUUGCAUUAUAAUUCAGUGAAAUUGAACAUGGAAACUUUUUUCACAAGAUUUUUUUGAUGUAGUUGGGCUUGCUAGUAAUGAAAGAAGUUUAGGUGUAGAUUUCUUCAGUGGAGAGUGUUUCUUUAGUUUCAGUACGUUGAUUUGUUGGAAGACUUGCAGCGCAACUAGGAGGAACAAUAAAAUGGUAUUGACAGUGCCAUAUGAUAAGGUACGAAAGAGCGAUGACUCAUCGUCGUACAAAUUGUUCUCAGGUAUAAUCAGGUUACUUUAAAUAAGAACUUCUUUCUCAUAGACACAGUAGCACCCAAAUUUUUGUGCAUUACUAACGUGAAGUUUAAAAUGAUGAAAGAGUGGUAACUUUUUUCAGUUGUCCUUCCCACUACAGCUCAUUUUGUUUUAAGGCACUCAGCUGUUUUAUUUUGAAAAGAAAAUAUGUUGAGAAUUCAUUAUGUUGUCUAAUGAGUUUGUGUGGAGUGCAGUCUCCAACAUAUCACAACAAGCUCUCAUUGAAAACCAAUAGACCCUAUUAUUAUUGUUGUUGGUACUAGGAAUUUGAUUGUAAAAAGAUGUAUUGCAAACAACAAAACAGCAAAAAAAAUGCUUAUUUAUAAUGUGCUGUAAUACACAACAGUAUAGUAUCGUUUAUGUUCUGCUGUUUCUGUAACAAACUGAUGGUAUUUGUCAAAUAGCAGUUUGAAACAAAGGUGUUGAUUAUCAUUUUUCAUUCUGAUUAUUUUCUGUCAUUCAGAAUCUUGGUAAUAUUAACUUAUCUCUAAUAUCUCUUCUUGUUUAAAGUAAGGUUUUUUUUAACUUGACCAUGGCCUAACUUGCCAUUAGAUUGUAUCACAGAAAUUAGAAAUACGAGUGUUUGGCUUUUUUUUUUAAAGCUUGAUGUUGCAGUCUGAUACUUAAAGAAGUUAAGUGUUUUUAUUUUUGGCCAGGAGAGCAUGUAGCAUGUUGUUUUGUGGCAAGUUAGGCCUUCACUUAGUGUUUCAAAUUCAGGUGAAAAUAAAAACAAGGUGCUGUGAAUGCAAGGUUGCAGCGUCUCCUUGCAUUUAGUCUAAUGUGAGGAAUUUACUGCGUCCAGGUUUGUCUUAACCCUGGAAGAAGGGCAUUACAGUGUACGUGUAUAUUGCUUGAUAUGAUCACUUGUGUAGCUGUGAAACACCCAUCCAUGUUUGAGUGUGGAUCAGGGAUCUAUAAGAGAUGUAAUUUUGCAGCAACAUGGAAGUGAUAUGAUUGUUUGUUGUUAUAAGGGUACCAUGGCAUAUUGAUGUUUAUAUAGUGCUGGCUCCAUCCUAGCAUCCACACAAUCAAAUCCAUUCUUAGGUGGGUUUGAUGGCAUACGCACCCUACCACAUUACUGCCGACAGAUCUGGGAUUUAAAUUGUGCAUCUACCUCAAUAGAUUUUACAAUUACCUCAUAAACCCACUGGACCCUGCCAGGAGUUGCGUUAGAGCGUACUGACAAAAGCUUUUAAGCUUGUCAUUUCUAUUUGUUUUUUUAUGAUCCUUGCAUAACAGGCAUGAUGUGCAUUCUAGAUCACUUCUCAUGCGAUUGAUUAUUGUUAUGGAUCGUAACUUCCAGACGAGAAAAGCGUGCCGUCGUAUAUGCACCGCUAUGUCUGAAGCAAGGGAUUAAAAAUUAAUUACCAUGCCCCCUUCCCCAGAGUAUAUGAAUGUAUACAGUUUGAUGCUGAUAUUUCUGGGGGGAAACUUAAAAAAAAAAUUCCUCACAUUCUCACCUACAAAAAAAAGUUGUCCACAGAAUCCUGAUAUUUACCCUGUUUUUAAUCUAUAUCAUUAUCCUCACAUGGUAGUAAUUAUGGUUUCCUGUUCAUAAGAGAAACUUUUCAAGCAGAGAGUUGGCUCGAUUGAAGAUGCUGCAUUGUGUUGAAUUAUGCAGAUGCACAGAAAGAAUUUUUUUCCAAAUUCCUAGUAAUUAAUCACCCCUAAGCACUUUCUGGUGACGCUUCUCGAUCCAAAUUAGUAUUCAAUUGAAUCCAAACAUGGUUAACGAAUUGUUUCAGAAAUUAAGUAAACGUUUUCAAAUGGACAAGUGUGGAAUGUGGCUUGGGUUUGAUACAAUGUCGGUUAUUCAAUCGUAGUUACUCUCAAAAGAACGCAAGCUUUCAUAUGUAAUAAUUCAAUUAUAAUCUUUGUCAUUCAUUGGCUUCAGUGCCUGAAAAUAAAGCAUGUUUUUAUUUUUCCCUUUACAAUCGAGAGUAAAGCAGUCCAUAACCAAGUUAGCCUCAACCACAGAGGCGCCUGCAAUAGAAACAAGAUAACAUAAAGGGGUGGUUAGAGGCUAGGUUUGAGACAAAAGCUGCACAUUGGCACUUGAAUGAUUGAAUUGUAUAAGUAUUUUGUAAUUAGUUCAACAAAAAGGGAUUAUACAUUGUACAAGUGCAAAUAUGUGGUCCAUGCAAGCAUGCAUUCUCCGUUUUCUACCAUGAAAAAAAUUAAAUUAUUCUAGUUAAAAAA